GUUCAAGUUGUGCAAUGUUUAAAAAAUUGUAAUUUCGAUGACAGCAAUUCCUUGAUUAAUUUGUUUAUUUGUAGAUAAUAAAUAAAAGAAAAUAAUGGCUACUAUAGAGUUAGACAUAUGGCGAGGGGAAUGGGGACUCGCUUCUAUCGAUUUAGAAUGUUUAAAAGUCUUGACUUACAUGAAAUUUAUUGGCGUACCGGUUAGGGUUCGGGAAGUGAGCAAUCCUUUUUUUACACCUAAAGGAACCUUACCUGUUAUGAGAGAUGGCAGAACCGUCCUGACAAACUUCGAAGAGGUUGUAGACUAUUUAAAAUCCUUGCAUUACAGUACAGAUGUACAUUUAAAUCAAAAGCAAGCAGCAGAGGCCAGUGCCUUCACACAGUACCUACGGGAUAAACUUUACCCAGCCUAUCAGUUCGCGUGGUGGGUGGACGAGAAGAACUAUGGAGAUGUUACUAGGCCUACAUAUGCAAAAGCCUUACAAAUUCCAUUUAACUUUUACUACCCGUCUAAAUAUCAAGCAAUGGCAAAAGAAAUGAUAGAUGCAUUGUAUGGUGAAUAUUCAGACUUGAAGGAAGUCGAAAAGACUAUUUAUAAUGAAGCAGAGAAGUGCCUGAAGACUCUUUCAGAUAGAUUGGGAGAGAGUGAAUAUUUCUUUGGAAACAGACCGUCGUCAUUUGAUGCAACAGUAUUUGCGUACCUCGCUCCACUAGUAAAGACACCAUUUCCAAAUGCAACUCUAUCAAGUCAUGUCAAAGGAAUAGCUAAUUUAAGUAGGUUUGUUGCUAGAAUCAGCCAAAAGAAUUUCAGAAAUGUUACUGAUGAGUACAAUAAACAGAACAAAAAACAGUCACAGGGCACACAGUCGGAGCGUGAAGCACAAUUUCCAAACGCGACGCGCAACAAGUUCUUGGCAGCUAUUUUUGCAGCACUUGCUAUGACCGGCUAUGCCAUGGCCACAGGCAUGUUCCAGGACAUGAAAGAUUUCCAGCAUUCGCAAGAUUACAGCGAGAUUUUUGAGAAUGAAGAAGAUGACAACUGACUGUGAGCCUGCUAUGUUGAUCCCACUGAGGCACUUGGUAUUGUAGCGUUGACGUUACAUCUUCUUACACACAAAAUGUGCAUUUUAAAAUAUAAUAAAUUAUUGCAUUUAAAAAUAGCAAAAAACUGUUUUUUAUAUAGAUAUGUAUAUUUAUAAAUUUACUUCGUAAAAUAAUAGGUUUCUAUAUAACUAUUGCCAAUUUAUAUGUUUAUGUGUGAAAAGAAAGUAUGUUGUGAAUAAACACCAAAUAUUGAACAAGUCUUACAAAAGUCUUUAAGUUAAUUAAGUUGCGUUAUUAUCUGUUAUCUUUGCUUAACAUAAGCCCUUUAAAAUAUCUGAAUUUCCGCAGAAAUUAAUAUUUAAAUAUGUAUUUUAUACAUUCAAGAAGCGAUUUUGAGAUCAUGUGAAAUUUGUUGUAAGUGUAAGAAAUUAAAACAAAGAUAUAUUACAUUUUACAAAUGAAAAAAAAUUGUAAAAUUAUGCAACUGAAUAUGUUCCUGUUAUCUGUAGACUAAAGUUACAUACGUUGUAUAGUUAACACUUUAUUUUUUUAAUAUUCAAAUGUGAGAUAGUGUAAAGUUGGCUUUCUCAAUUGCUCAAGUGUAAAGUUUUUAACUUUUAAUUUAUGGUGGUUGACACAGUUUUAAAGUAGACUGGUUAUGAUGUGUUUUCUUAAAAUAUUUUAUUUAAUGGUGUGAAGUUGCAAGGCUUGAGAAAAAUGAGAAGGCUAGAUAGUCUUUAAUUUUUUUUAAUUUUAUAUACACUAUGGCUUGUAGGAUAUUAGAAAGAGUUUGUGGCCAAAUGUGUAGCACUUUACUUACCUAGUUUUCAUGUUAAUGUUUUGGUCGAGAAAACUUCAUUACAACGAAAGAGUGGAAUAUGUUUAUUUUUGAAGCAUGAAUAAAUAUUGCUCGUUAGUG